AUGCAAGUUCUCCUAGAAAACCACGAGAAGGCAGCAUCAGCAAGACUGAAAAUAAGGCCUAUCUCCCUUGGUGAGAUAUCUGCAGCCAGUACCUCCGCAACUCUAGGAGAUGCUGCUCAAGAAGAGGAUGCUCAUGAAGAUAAUUCCCAACAUGACGAUGUACAACUGACGCCCGUCAGCAGUACAAAUCAAACGAAACAACUACUACUCGACAAGAAGCUCCUUGUCCUUUGUCAUUCAUCAAGUCAAAUAAAAGGUGGAGAAGAUUUCGUCGCGCUUUCGCGCGUUUUUAGAGCGUCUCUCGGCAAACGACAGGAUUGA